AUUAAAAAUUACCCGGAUUUACAGUAACAGUUAUACAAAUGUCGAGAAAAGUUAGAAAAAUCAAACUAAAAGCUAAAAGAAACAUCGAAGAUGUUCCUUUUUACAAGUUUGUGUAUCAUAGAGAUGAACUACCGCUGGAUCCAGCGAGAAGCUUCAUCGAGGAACAAAUUUCAAAAAUCAACGUAAUUAAGCCGGCUUGCUUCAGCAAGGAUUACAGUCUUCACCGCUACCCCCGGGGUGAUGGCCAAGGUCUACGGGAGCUUCUACUUCCGGAAAAGUUAUCAUCUAUCGAAACGGCAGAGUACCUCCCGUCCGGAGUCUGUUCGCUGUCCCCCCUGGAUAAGCGCCUACCGGACGUCACCACCGAGCUGGUAAAACUUUACAGAUUUGCGAUUGAAAAUUUUCCACGACCUAGCCCUCACCAAGCCCGUCCUGCUGGGGAACAGGUUCUUCCGUCGUUACGGCCGAGUGAAUCAAGAUGGCCGCCGCAAGCUGCCUGCAAUACGCCGCAAGAGGCGACCACCGAAAAGUUUCACUUCGAUGAGUUCGCCUAUCGCACCCCGGAGGAAAAUGAUGAAGCACUGCUGCGCAUCCAGCGCCAUCUGGAUCGCAUGAUUGCGAAAAAGCAUUCGCGAGGCGGAAAAGCGCCGCCAGCAGAAGGAGGAACAGGCCCGCCGACCGCAAUUUGUGAGUAA